AUGGCGGUCGCCGACUGGAGCCAGGCGCGCUGCAAGCGUACUAGAGGGCCGUUUGCCUACUCGCGCCUAUCCCCAUGGGAUCUCGAGCAGCGCGUGGCCUCCAUUGUGGACAGCACACUCAAGGAUAUAUCGCAGCGGUACAAGAUCCAGGAGGAGCUUGGCGCCGGCGCGCAGGCGACGGUCUACAAGGCGACGCACAAGAGGAACCACAUGAAGGUCGCCAUCAAGGUGAUCGAGAUCAAGGAGCUCGAGGACGACGAGCUCUUUGAUGCGCUCCGGAUGGAGAUCCUGUUGCUGCGGCAGCUCGACCACCCUCACAUCGUCGGCAUACGAGAGGUGGUGCACGACGCAAACUCGGUCUACAUCGUGCAGGAGUGCCUCAGCGGCGGAGAGCUCUUCGACGCCUUGCUCGCAAAGGGCCCCUUCAAGGAGGUCGAUGCGCAGGUCUACUUUGCGCAGGUUGCGCUCGCAGUCGAGUACAUGCACGAGAGGAACGUGGUGCACCGCGACCUCAAGGCGGAGAACCUGGUCUUCAGCGCCAAGGGGUCGCCGCAGAUCAAGUGCAUCGACUUCGGCGGCGCCUGCACCUGCACGCCCGACCAGAUGCUCACCGGCCUGGUCGGGACGCCGCAGUACGUCGCGCCCGAGGUUGUGACGGGCUUCGGGGAGGUCAACCCGACGGACGAGCCAUAUGGCAAGGGGUGCGACCUGUGGUCGAUGGGCGUGCUACUCUAUGUGAUGCUCUCCAAGACGAUGCCGUUCCGCGCAAAGCAGGUGGACGCGCUGCUGCGGCAGGUCGUCAAGGGGCGGUUCGCCUUCCAGCCGGACGAGCGGUGGCGGCACGUCUCCGCCGACGCCAAGGACCUCAUCUCUCAGCUGCUCACCGUCGACGUCAGCAAGCGGAUCGACAUCGCGGGCGUGCGGCAGCACCCUUGGGCGGCGGCCGCCAUCGCGCAGUACGAGGAGCUGCUUCCAAAGUACAAGACCAAGGCGGCGAUCAGGGUGGACGCCGACGGCGAGGGCGGCGGCGCGAUGGGCGCCGUGAUGCAGAUGUUUGCGCGCCGCAAGGGCGCCUCUUCGUCGCAGCUCGCAAAGCGGAAGCCGCCCGGCAUGUCGAAGGAGCAGCAGUACUGGUACGCGAUGGAGAUCUCGCCGCCCACCGACAUGCAGCAGCUCGGAGGCGUCAAGGUGUCGGCGGACGGCACGUUCGAGAUGGAGAAUGUUCCGCCCGAGAUGGCCGCCAUCCUCGCCGACAUCGCGAAGAAGAAGGCCGCGCUCGCCACCGAGGCGGGCGCGUACUACCGGCAGGGCGGCGAGCAGAAUGAGGCGCUCGAGACGCUGGCGCUGCUGCGCGAGAAGGACGACCUGAUCGCCAAGCUGCAGGAGAAGAUAGACAGCCAGGAGGCGGCGCUGGACGAGCAGGCCGCGGAGAUAGAGGAGCUCAAGGCGGCCGCCAUGGGCGCGCCGUCGCCCGCGGAGCUGGACGCGGCGCUCGAGCGUGCGCAGCAGGCGGAGGGGGAGCGCGAGGCGCAGCACGGCGCCGCGGUCAAGAUGCAGGCCAAGCUGUCGGCGGUGACGACCCUCUACACCGAGGCGAUGCAGCGCGAGGCCGCGCUCAAAGUCGAGUUCGAUAGCCUCAGGCCGGGCGCCGCAGCCUGA